AUGGACUCGGAAGGACCCCCUCUCAAGCGAUCUCGACAAGAAAAUGGCCAACCAUUACCACCUCUAUCGCUCUCCAUUCUUGGUGUUGAGCCUAUGGACGAAUUCAUUAAAGAAAUCGCAGACUUCGUUCAUCAUAUGAUCAUGACCAAUAAACCAACGGAAGGAGCCACAGUGGAAGUAGAGGCGAAAAUUGGGGUUUUGAAGGAUAAAAUGACUGGGCAAAGGUUGCAUCUUCCUGUCCUCGUUGAGACAAUCCUUCAACCGGAUUCUAUGGACUGUCGUUUCGAGUCCAACAUGUCCAGUCAUCAGCAUAAACACUUCAAUGGCCUCCUGAAUAACCUCAAGAUGACAUCGUCGCAGCCUGGAUACGCGAGCACACCUCUGGAUUAUCACCACUCGUAUCAUAUCGAUUCUUUUUACGAGAGCAGUGGGCGCGACAGGAUUCGUGUCACUAAGGAAGAGAAAACGGGGAACAUUUUGGAGAGCAUAAGAAAAGUAAGGUUAGGGGAUCUCAAUAUCUACAGUCCAAAGAGGAAUGCGGAUUGGAGGGUCAGCGUGAGUCUAGAAGUUGAGGUCCCGCAACCGAUGGGGAAGCCAGCACAUACACGGCGGAAAGAUAGGCUGAGUUACACGCACGAAGAGUUUAGCAUCGAUCUCACUCAAGUGACGGCCACGGUCUCGUCUGGUGUUUCUAAGGCCGAGGUUCUCCAUGAACUCGAACUCGAAAUCGCUCGACCAGAACUACUGCUGUACACCGCUUCGAAACGAGGAGAUCCGAACGCCUCAGAACACGAGAAAAGUGCAUUUGAUGAACUCAUUAGGGCUUUUGUUAAUAACGCACGGAUUUUAGUUAGGAAUGCGAGUGAGGGAUGGCAUUAA